GACCGCCGGGGGGGAUGCCCCAACCACCUGCGAGGGCAUGCCGGAUUCCUUCACCGUGCCGUACGCGGCCAACUACUACAUCUACGAGACCUGACCGCGGGCGGUCAUGAUGAUUCUUUUUUUUUCUUCAUUGCCAUCCUUGUUUUUCUUUAUAUAGUUAGAGCAUGCGCCUUCCUGUCUCGCGGACGAAGACGAAACGACCCCUGGUUGUGCCAGCAACUUGCCGACUGCCUCGCGAUGCUCAGAGAGAUGCCCAAGGGCCAGAAACACGCUCGUGUCUACCAGGCGUGCGAGCCGUGCCGGAUCAAAAAGGUGCGCUGCAACCUGGGGACGUGCUACUUCACGGCGACGAGGAAACGCGUCGUCUCCGGCACGGACACCGAGGGGUUCCUGUUCAGAAACAAGAGGCGUGCUGGUUCCACCGCCGUGGUUGAUCCACAGCGCGGGGAGCGGGCGAGUAGUAGCUGCAUCAGUGAUCCCAACCACCGGCCGACCGCGGAGGGCGACUCGCGCCAGGAACGCCAAGAGACUGUCUUGCAGAAUGUCGCCUAUACCGAUGAAGACACGCUGGGGUUGCUGUACCGUGCCGGCUCGGCGCCAGAGACCACCGGCUCGCCCACGAUAAUAGGCGGCGGCGGCAAGACGCAGCCUAUCCCAACAUCCUCGGCUACCCAGUCGAGCCUGGAUGGUGAAGGGGUGCAGCAGGCCCUGCAGGCGUGGUCUGAGGUGCGUUUUGUCCGUGAUGGCCUGUUCUCCGCCACUGAGGCGAUGGCGUAUAUGCAAUACUUCCAUGACCAUCUCGAGCCGUUCACGCCGGUCCUAUCACCCAACUUCACCGACCCGGCUGCGCACCGGAGGCUCAUCCACGAGGAGCCCAUUUUGGCGGUCACGAUCCUCAUGCUGGCGGCGCGCCACUGCGAGCUGCCAGGGGCGGGCAGCAUCUCGCGGCGGUACGUCAUCCACGACCGGCUGUGGUCCUUCCUCCAAGGCAUGAUCAUGCGUAUCUUCUGGGCGCAGGACUACAGACCCCGCUGCAAGAACGGCCGCGCGAGCGGAUUCCGCACCCUUGGUACCUGCGAGGCUUUGAUUCUGCUAACCGAGUGGCAUCCGCGAUCCUUGCACUUCCCGCCAGCCCACAACGAAACCAGUAUCGUCGAUUCAGAUCAGACGUAUAAAAACGCUUUCACCGCGCAGGACCCCGUCUUCUGGCUCGACUGGUCAUGGCGGUCUGACCGGCUGUGCUGGUCGCUGCUGGGUACGGCCAUGACUUUGGCGUUUGAGUUGGGCUUGUUCGACGACUGCGACAAUACCACGCUGGGUGCCAAGGAGACUACAAACGACCACUGGCGCGAUCCGUCCUUUCAAUCCCGGGCGUAUCGGCUGCAGCAUGUAUUCUGGGUGUUUUCCACUCAGAUGUCAGGACGACUCGGAUGGAAGUACCUUGCACCCUUUCAACUGUCCGAAAAAUCAGUGGUCAGUUUCGAUGACACCUCGCGCCUGUGGACGGGGAUCGCCACUCUCAUGCGAAAAGGUAACGAGUUGAUGUUCUCGUCUCGACGUCAUACCCGCGAGAUCAUCCAGGAUGGCCGAUAUGUUGGUCUUCUUUAUAUUAUACAUCCCAAUCUAGUAGAUUGGAAGAAGGAGUUUGACAGGACGAGGGGUCAAUUGACAAAGCAAAUGCGGGCGAUGCUGGCCAUCGAAUAUGACUAUGUCCGAGUAUACCUCCAUAGUCUUGCAACCCAGGCGGUUGUAGAGAACAAGCGGACAGGCCAGCCGGCCCUGCACCGGGCCAACGAGGAGUUUGUGGCCGAGGUCAUCAAUGGGGCUCGAUGUAUUCUCGAAUGCGUCCUGAAUGAUCUUCUGCCUGACAACAGUCUGAAGCACAUCCCGGUACGGGCGUACUCGAGGAUUUUAUCUGCGGCCUUGUUUUUAAUGAAGACAACCUCCCUGAACAUCAGCCCCAGAGAAGACGCAGAUGUCUUGCUUGGGCUUGUCGAACGGAUGGGCCAGGCCUUCAAAGUAUGCUCCGUGGACGAUGCCCACCUCGGUGCACGGUGGGGGACACUCCUCACCUCGCUCAUUUUACGGCAACGCGAGAGCCUCCGGACUGCAACGUACGGUCCGGGUUCAUGGCGCGCAGCCCAGACGAGCCAGGCGUACCCGACUCCCGAGCAACUCUCGGGGGCGCCUAUGCCCCCCAUCGAUGGAAGCCGAGACGAACAUCACCCCCCAAUGAACGCCGUCGAUACCCUGGACUGGUUACCAUUACCGUUCCCCAUGGAUCCUAUGGAUGGAUCCUUUAUGGAAUUUGGUCUGGACACAGGGCAGAUGCCGUGGGGCGGCAACGAGGCCGGCAGUUACUCAAUUCUGCCGUUUUCCGGUUAUCAAUGAUCCUUGACUCCUUUACAGGGGGAUCUGAAGCUGCAGCUUCUAUAUAUACACCUCUCUGUAUAUGGGGCCCGAUGCAAGCCGAUCGGGAAAACAUCGGACACCAGCAGACCUCGGCUAAAGUCACAGUCACCAUGAUUAUUAUUAUUAUUAUUAAGGUAGAUGACUGAUUCUUCUCGAGGGAUAAUAACUAUUACUAGCUGAAUUCUACGGUCUCUAGGCCUAAGGACUAACUUGCUCAUCUAGAUAUACAGAUAACCUACUACAACCGACUAGAAUAAGACCAGACAGCGCCGAUCAAUGGUAUUAAUAUGCACCAUCUCGAGUCCAUGUCACAAAUCUUAAUAUCAGACAUCUACUUU